UAAAAUCUCCAAGCGACAAUACACUAGCAUUAACCAUCCGAAAAAAUCGUCUAAGCAAAGCUAAGCCCUUACCGCCGGUAUAUUAUCACCUUCUCCGGUCACAAUUCCCUCAUUUUCUCUCUCCAAAAAUCACCGAUAAGCAUAAAUUAGAGAGAGAAAUGGGAUAACACUUUCCCUUCAUCAAAAAGCCCAAUUUCUCUCUCCUCGUUCGUUUUCUCCGACACCGAAACCCUAGGAUUCGAGUGAUUUCAAGUGUUGUGAAAGCUGAGGAGAGAGAGAGAUGUACAAAGAAAGGAGAGGUGGCGGUGGAUCGAAGGCGGAGAUGGGACAUGUAGUAGGUGAUAGGAAGAGAUUAAAUGAAGCGUUGGAUAAGCACUUAGAGCGGUCCUCUCCCUCUACCUCCGCUACUACUGUUAGGUGUGCUAACGGCAAGGAUAAUCGCUUUUCCAUUUCCAAAUCAAAGGACCAGCUCAGGAACUCUGCUGCUCCUCCUCCUGAUAAUAAGUGCUCUGAUGCAGAAUCUGAAACAGACAGUGAGGCGUCAGAUAUUAGUGGUUCUGAAGGAGAAGACACUUCAUGGAUCUCAUGGUACUGCGGCCUACGUGGGAAUGAGUUCUUCUGUGAAGUUGAUGAUGAUUACAUCCAAGAUGACUUUAACCUGUGUGGUCUAAGCAGCCUUGUUCCGUAUUAUGACUACGCACUUGAUCUGAUUCUAGAUGUCGAAUCUUCUCACGAAGAUGCAACGUGUUUGGUAGAUGUCCAAGAGUUUACUGCUGUGGACAACCAUGCCUCCCUGUUGGUCAGUCAGACAUUCCUCGACAAAGCAGGGUGAAUAUAUACUGCCCUCGAUGUGAAGAUGUGUAUACACCUCGGUCAAGAUAUCAUGAGAACAUUGAUGGAGCUUAUUUAGGAACCACGUUCCCGCACCUAUUCUUGAUGACUUAUGGACACCUCAAGCCACAGAAGAUUUCUCAGAGCUAUGUUCCCAGAGUGUUUGGUUUCAAGGUCCACAAGCCGUGAUCCUGGUAGUGACCUACUGGCAAUUGUAUCCUUAUUAAUGUGCUAGGAGAGGUAAUACUUUUAAUAGCACAUCUAGAAUUGUUAAGGUUCUGUUGUAGGUUCUCUAUUUUCAUAUAGGCUUUCGAAGAUACUGUAACAAGUUAACUUGAGCUACUUAUGUAUGGAGUUACUUUCUGUGCUACAAUUUGUGCCUUUUCCCUGUGAGAAUCUCUCAGACUGCAUUACAUACUUUUUUGUUGCCUGAGUUUUAUGUCAAUGUACAACCAUGCAUCAUAAUUUC